UCUAGGCAUUACCAUUGACAUUGCAGUACCAAUAUCCCUAUACUCUGUAGUCUGUACUGGUAACUUUUUAGCAAUUCUGAAUGACCCAUUAAAUAACGUUCUUAGUAAAUUAUAGAAUAUGGCCAAGACCUACGAUUACCUGUUUAAAUUACUACUCAUUGGAGAUUCUGGCGUCGGGAAAACAUGCGUCUUAUUUCGCUUUAGCGAAGAUGCCUUCAACUCGACUUUCAUCUCGACCAUUGGAAUAGACUUUAAGAUUAGAACUAUUGAAUUGGAUGGAAAGAAAAUAAAACUGCAAAUAUGGGAUACAGCAGGCCAGGAACGAUUCCGCACAAUAACAACAGCUUAUUAUCGUGGUGCAAUGGGAAUCAUGUUGGUUUAUGACAUCACCAACGAUAAGAGCUUUGACAACAUCAAAAACUGGAUACGAAAUAUUGAGGAACAUGCAUCAGCUGAUGUAGAAAAAAUGAUAUUGGGGAACAAAUGUGACAUGAAUGACAAAAGACAGGUCUCCAAAGAUCGUGGAGAACAACUCGCCAUCGAGUACGGCAUUAAAUUCAUGGAAACCAGCGCCAAGGCUUCAAUCAACGUCGAAGACGCUUUUUUCACUCUCGCCAGAGAUAUCAAAGCAAAGAUGGAAAAGAAGCUGGAGGCGAGUCACCCGUCAGGCAAAGGCGGAGGUCAUCAGAUAAAGGCCGACGAACCUCCACGGAAGCCUCUAACGUCUUGGCUCUCUCGGUGUUCUAUACUCUGAUUCAGCAAACGCUUAGUUAAUGUGAUUUUUUUUAAUACGAAAAAUUUCUCUUGCCCUAUCUUUACCCUCACCUUGUAUUUUUUGGAACCCCUCAUAUAAAUUAAGUAAUUUUUUUGUUCGGCACCCAUUUGUUUUUUUUUCCUCUUUUUUUUAAUUUUUAAUUUUGCUUUGUUUAGUUGAAUGGCUGAUUAAUAACAAUCAGAUAAAAAACAAAACAAACAAAAAAAAAACGGAAGGAGACAAAAGGAGAAUCAAGUCACCGCAAUAAGAGGGCUCCCAAUGGAGAUCAUAUCCCCUAAAUCCUUUUUGUACAGUGAAAGCGUCAACUGAUUUUUGAAUUCACCCUUUGCAACAAAACUUUCUUUUCCUGGUCUUUUUUUUUAAAUGCCCACUAACAAAUGUGCGCCCUUUCAUGCGCGCCACAGUUCUAGAUCACGUUUGGCAACCCAUGACCUUCGUCACUGGUGAACUUCUUGCCCCUUUCUACAAAGUGACUGAAUACAAAAACAAAGAACUUCUU